AUGGAUGUUAACAAUGUUGAAACUUUAUUAGAGGUGAUCAAAGCUGGUGUUCAAAGCUUAGAUGAGGUCUCAGAUGUUCUAACUGCUAUUGAUCGAUUUCAGCAGGAUCCUUCCAUACUUGAUGAUUAUCUAGCUGAGUUCAUCGGUACCCUUUCUAGGAACUUUUUUGUCAGAUCGAAAUCGGAUCAGAGGUCCAUUGGAAGUAUAUUCUACACUCUGUCAAAAGUAUGCAAUUUCAAGAGAACGAAAAGACACUUACCAACUGACAUUUUCUUGCUGCCCCAAAUUUUGACUCAGCUUGCCGACUGGGAAGGCUUUGAAGACUGGAGGGUGCUGUCAAUGCUUCUUUCCUGGCUCAGUAUAAUCCUAAUGUCGCCCUUUAGACUGGAAAAUGACCUCGAAAUUUAUGAAGAAACAAGAAAACUGAAGACCUAUUCGGUUCUAGAUCCGUUGGUGGCUGCCGUUCAUGCCGAACUCUUUGACAAGAACUUGGACCUGUUCAGAAACCAGUAUUUGAGGCAGAAAGUAGAUCUUUUCACCUUGAAUCUGACUUUAAAAUCUAUACUAAAUCGAAAGAGCCCACUAGCCUCACAACAAUUGCUCGAUCUCUUAACCUUGGAUAAUUUGAGUCUUUUCUGUCUAGAGCAAGCUUUUGACUCGAGUGAGACACACAACAUUCUGGUUUUGAAGAUUUUGCCCAAACUAUGCCGGCUACACGCGCUACAAGAAACAUGGGAUGGAAUUGAGGAGAUCACUACGUGGUUGCUCAAUCACAUGGCUCUCAGCUUUACGGAUGCUAGAAUACAGCUAGCUCAUAGUUUGGCUAAAGUUGUUCAGUUGUUGGCGACAAUUGAUGCCGAGUCCUCCCACAGUUUGGUACAGGGUAUCUUUGACGAGCUUAUAGAAGAACUGAAGUCAACUCCUGUCGAUGCAAUAGAUCCCGAUAGAUUGCAUACAGAACUUCUCUUCAUCGCAGAACUUGGCCGUCUCGGCUCCCUAGAGGCUAAUUUUAUCACCCAGUUUGCCCAAGAUGUCCUGCCAGUCACGACGAAGUUCCAGCAGUUGCGAGUGAACAAAAUAACCGGGCACCAGAUACGGGACGCCAGUAACUUUGUGUGCUGGUCCUUGGUUAGAAAGUGCAAGGUAUCCUCUGCUGUUGAAGCUAUUUUCUUCCAUCUCCUAAUGUGUUCAAUGACGGAUCCUGACCUUACGAUUCGACGGUCUGCCUCAGCAGCUCUUCAAGAAACUUUAGGUCGAUACGGAACUGAUUUAAUGGAUGAUGCUAGCGUUAUGAGGCUAAUUGAGCUUCCUCCCAAUAGCCUUGAGGUAUGUUUUAGAGAUAAUAUACCGAAGCUCAUGAAUUUACUCAUGUUCAACGCUCCGCACCUCAUCAAUUCCGCUAUAGAUUGGCUUAUAGUCGACAACGUUCUGCGUAAUCAAGAUUACAAUAUUGUCGAGCUCUCCACGAUAUCCGUAGGUAAGCUCUUCACACUUGGAGAGAAAGGCGACAUCGCAAGCAAAGUACUGAACUCACUUCGGACCAGAACAGACGAAAUGACUUGCGAUCAGAGUGGCGCUUUGAGCGCUCGGUAUAUUUACCUAGCUGCAGAGUUACCAUUGUUUGGCGAAAACAAAAUUAGAAGGCAGUGCAUCAGCUGUCUGCCCACUUUGGCAACCCAACUUAAGGAAGAGUCCAAUAAUCCUUCAGAAAGAUUCAAAGUUCUGGCAUUUAUGAAGGCCUUGAAUGCAACGGUUAUCACAGAGACCUCCGAGCUUCAAAUCAGCAUGUCGAUCUUGAACACACUACUUCGAAUCAUUAGAUUUAGUUCGCCGUCAGAAUCUCGAUUUGAGCACAUAAAACAGCUUUUCGUGCCUAUGAUUAGCAGACUUGCUUCAAAUGGUGCCCUGUUUGAGUCAAGGGAUAUAUAUCAAAAGUUUGAACAGAACUUCACAAAGUUUGUUACUACAAACAAUCCAAUCUGUUGUGCCGGACUGGCAUAUACUCUUCCAGGGAACUUCCUGUGUAGUUUCCUCUCCUUCUGCCCCCACCUCAAUCAUGAAGGGCGUUCUCAAGUAUUGAAUGCUUUAUCAAAUACGUUGCCAGAAAUUGUUCAAGCCAAUGGACCUGACAUUCUCAAGCUACUUGCAGAAUUUCUAGAUGAUUAUACUGUUACCGAGCAAGGUGACGUCGGUGGAUUGGUAAGGAAAUCAACGGCAGAUCUUAUCGAAAAGCAGCUCUUACUUUUUCUGGGUGCUGGUAGCAGCGUUAUGAAUCUUGUCUGCCCCAGGCUUCUAAGGUUGGCGGCUGAACCCACAGAUAAGGUUAAGGAAACUAGUCUUCGAAUACUGAGUCAAGUUUACAGCUUCAAAUGCUCUGACAGCGUGACACACGACGAGAACCUCUUUCGAUUCUAUUCUACGAACAAAAUAGAAUUCCGAAGCGAUUUCUGGCAAGGAUUCAUGUUUUCUGCUGGAGCAAUCUAUUCAACGGACUUGAGAAUACGUAUUAGCGUCGAUUCUUUUCUCAGAUUUUUUGAUCGGCAAUCGGCAGAGGAAAGGUCGGAGUUACUUGAGCUUCUAUUACGCAUUGUACCUUCUCUCACGCACGUACAGUCAUGGCGAAAAAGCCCAAUUCAUCUUAACCGAGUCGGCUGUCAAAGAAGAGACCUAAUUAAGCGCGCGACUGUAUGCGCGAACUUUUGGCGCCGCACACUGGAAUCUGGACUUGAUGUUAGGGAGAACUUUAGCUUGAGGGCUGUUUAUGCUAGAUUCUACAAUUUGCACUUGCUCAAAACCCCUCUAUUGAGAACAGCUGUCGUCAAGCUGAUGCCCUAUCUCGCUGUGGCCUGUGCUUCAAAUAAAGGUCCAAACCAUGAAGCGCUUAAAAACGAGAUUUUCUCUCGCUUGCAAAUGUUAGCAAAUAGAUCGAAAAAAACGGCAGAUGAUAUCUCCUCGCUUCAAAUUAUUUGUCUGGAAGGAAUGCUGACAAUAUGCUUAGCCUUUGGUGAGCAAGACAAGCUCAACACGCCAGAGGUAUUUCAGCAGGACGAGAAGGCGUCCGAAAAAAUCUCCUAA